AUUUCUAUAAAACUUUAUUGAGUGUUAACUAGCAAUGAGAUAAGUCUAAUUGUGAGUGUUGUGUCAAAAAAUAUUCUGGAUAACGAGUUUGGAGAAUUUAAAAAAUAGUAAUCUUCGUCCUUGAUCCAGUUUCCCCCGUCUUACAUGAUAAACGGAAAUUGUGGGGUUCGAAGGAAGUCAUGGGGGUGAAAAAAGAUUUUAACGUCAAGUACGAUAGCGUGGACUACAACGUGUACGCGUUCCUGAACAACCACCCGGGCGGCAUUAACUAUGUCAAACCGUACAAGGACAAGGAAAUUUCCAAGAGAAUGAAGGAAACGCACCACUCGGCCGCAGCUUACUAUUUAAUGCAGGAGUACCGAAAGGGGGGAAGGAAUAAUCUCCCAGAAAAUGAAAAUUUAGAGAAAUUGGUGGAUUGGAACAAGCCUAUGUUGAGUCAAGUAACGGGUCUUGGGGAAAAAUACAAACAAUGGGUAAUUUCUCCGGUAGAUAGGGAAUUACGCUUGUUUGAAAGUAACAUUUUAGAAUGGUUGACAAUAACACCCUGGUAUGUGGUACCAAUAGUGUGGAUUCCAAUUAUAAUAUACUUGGGACAUUACGGUAUAAAUGUCUAUCAAUCUCACACAAACGAUUAUGCCCUGUUAAUGCCAGCAAUACUAGUAACAUUAGGUAUAAUUGCGUGGACUUUGGUCGAGUAUUCUCUACACAGAUGGGUCUUUCAUAUGGAGCCGUCGGGAAAACAUAAAGCCACGAUAUUUUUUCAUUUUGCAAUACAUGGACUUCAUCAUAAAGUGCCCUUCGACUCGAGACGAUUGGUAUUUCCGCCAUUUCCAGCGGCAGUUUUGGCGUUUUUAAUUUAUAAACUUUUCUCAAUUGUUGUUCCUGAAUCCAGCAUUAUUUUGGUGAUGUCUGGGGGACUUACAGGGUAUGUAAUUUACGACAUGAUUCAUUUUUAUCUGCACUAUGGUGCACCGAGCGAGAUGAGUUAUUUUUAUCAGCUGAAACGGUACCACAAUCAACACCAUUUUGCACAUCAUGACAGUGGUUUCGGAAUAAGCAGUAUGUUUUGGGACAAAGUAUUUGGAACUGCCAUAAAAUUACGAAACUUAGCACUAGGAAUAAAAUGGUGAAAGACUAAUGUUGUCUCAUCGCCUCUGUUCGUUUGUUGUGUGACUUGUACAGUUAUUUAUUACAUAUUUUUUAAAAUUUAUAAGUUUUUUAAAAUAAAAAGAUUAUAUGUGUUACAAGC